AUGGACCGGGCGGUCGUCCUUUGGGCAGAUCGGGACUCCUCGGGUCCUCCGAUCGAGCUCGAAGGGACCGACUCGGUUCCGAGCAGGCACCCAGGGGAGAGCAUCCGUACCCGCACCUCCUCCUCCAUCGCCGGUGGACCGGUGGGAGAAAAUUUCCCGCCGAGCCGUCAACUUUGUGAGGCGAUCACGGACCUGCCGGGGGUCUUUACAUGGGCCGGGGUCACGGGAGGAUUGGAGAGGCCAGCCUGGGAUGCCAUGGCACAAGCUUUGAAGGUGCCAGGGCCCAACGAUGCCGACGGCAACCCCGGACCACCACGAGACCUCACACUGGUGGAGAAAGCUAGGGUCGAAUCCGCGAGAAGGGUCGCCUUGCUCCGCAUGGGAGUGGCUCCCGACUCGCCUGGUGGAACCGGGAAACUCAAGUUAUCCUCGGUCCUCGACCCGACCUUGGACGCAGAAGUUACCCCUUUGGGCCAGGCGGAAGUGCAGCAGCUCUACCAGGACUACAAGACGAAGUUCGGCGACUACCCUAGCCCGGAGGCAGACCCCUCUUCGGACCAGCUCGCCUCGCUGCGUCAGGUGGUCACGGCUGGGUCAGCCCCCUAUGCUGACUUCUCGCUGUUCGGGCCCCACGGCCUGCGGCUUCUCCGCAAGCAGACGUUCACGUCCUACACCUUGAACGUCGCCACGGGGGAAUGGUCCAAGAAGGAGCAGCCGGGACCCGCAUCGUACCAUGCUUGGGUCGAGGCCUGGAAGGUCUUGAGGACCGCCCUCCUCCUGCUGGAGGUCGCGGACGCCGAGCGCCUGGAUGCCUACGCGGAGCACGUCCGCAGCUUCGUCACCCAGUUUGGGGAUACGGCGUGGUGGUUGGUUUACCGGGUGGAGAACCGGAUGAGGUGCGAGCACAUGGAGAGAAUCCGGCGGGUACUUCACGACCGACCGGACCACGGCUACACCGCAGCCCGCCCGUGGAACGCAGCUUUCGCCGCAGCUGUGAAAGACGGGGACUUUUGGACCCGUGAGCUCGUCACCCCCGCCACGCUCUGGCUUUCCCAGAGGCAGCCAGGAUCAGGGAGCGGAGGAGGUACCAGCUCGAACCCCGACCGUCGGCCCGCGGGGUCAGGGGAAGGCGGUGGAGGCGAUGACGAGCCGGCCAAGAAGAAGGCCCGGGCAGGCAAGAAGAAAUACGAGGGGGAGAACCUGUCCGAGAAGAAGGGCGGCGUCUUCGUGAAGAACCGUAGGGGUGCAACCAUAUGCGACGGCUACAACAAGGGCAAGUGCGGGAGCAAGAAGCCACAGAGCAAGUGCAAGAAUUCGAACUCGCACCAGUCUGAUUUGGAUGCUGCCUCCUCGUCGGCCCCGGCCGGAGGAGGAUCAGUGCCAACAGACCCGCCGGGCACCACGCAUGGGGGCCGCUUUGCAGCACCGAAGCCCAAGAAGUACCCGUUGGGCAAGCCGGCGUCCGCCGGCACACCCCAGGAGCUCGUGGACAAGACCUGCGCUUCAAAGGCGGCUGGCCCCGCUCCUGGAAGCCAAGCGGAACCCAAGACACCGCCAAGGCCACCCCUCAAGAGAAAGAGGCAAGACGCGCCCAAGCACAGCGACGGCCGGCCGAACGCGGAUGCAACUGCAGAUCCGGCCACGUCCUCUGCGGAGGCACGGCCAGCCGACGGACCUGGAGCCACGACCCCACCAAGGGCACGGCCGGGCGAAAGCAAGAAGAAGAAGAAGAAGGAGACGAGCCGAAGCACGCGAACGGCCAGCCUCAAAAGCCUACUGCAGAUACCGCCGGUGGACAGCGCUCUCCCCGACUACCAGCCCCUGGCCCGAGGACCUCGCGAGUACGGAACUUGGCUGGAGAUACCCUCGGACACCUUCGAGGAACGGCCCUGGGCCCUUGUACUCUUCAGCGGCAGGCGCCGCAAGGGGGACCUGCCCAACUGGUUGGUCCACUUUGGCUUCAUGGUCUGCUGUAUCGAUCUGGUGGCCGACCACCCUUGCAACGCACUGGACGAAGCACAGUGGACCCCGCUGGAGAAGGAUGUCAACGAUGGUCAGUUUGAGGUGGUGUGGGCCGGCACGCCCUGCGGGACCUUCAGCCCGCUGCGCGAAGUGAGGCCGGGGCCGCGGCCUCUGCGCUCGGUGGAGGAGAUCGAGGGCAUUUCGGGCCUGGGACCACGGGAGAAGAACCAGGUCAGAGAAGCCAACGUCCUCGUGGAGCGCACCUUUGACAUUUUGUCUUUGGCGUGGGACGAGCGCAAGACCUGGGGCCUGGAGAACCCCGUCCACGGCAGCGACCGGCCCGAGCUUUGGCAGAUGCCACUCGUGCGCCAGCUGUCCCAGCUCGACCGGACAGCCGAGGCAGUGUUCGACCAGUGUCGGUUCGGCCUGGCUACAGUUAAGCCCACCAAGGUCCUCUACAGUGCGCACGCCAAGGGGUUCGAUGAGCUCCGCGGGCUCCGUUGCGACCAUCCCCGCGGCACUCAUGGAACGGUUGCCGGCCAGCGGGAGCAAGGAGCAUCCGGCGCGCAAUGGGCUUCGAAGGGCCAGGGCGAGUACACGCCGCACUUCGCACAGGAUGAGCUGACCGCCUUCCCGAAGGACAAGACGGACCGCGAGCGGGAGAAUGCCGAGGCACUGGGCGGCAUGCGCAACCCACGCACCGCACUCAGCCGGCUCCCGAGGUGGCCAGAGCUUGUCGAGCCAGCCAGGGCCAUCCUUCGAGGAGAGGAGCCGGGCGACUUCGACACGGCCACCGUCGACUCGGUCAGGUCAGCCGUCCACACCGUCCUGGGCACGAGUGACAGGGUGAAAGUCAGGAGGAGGACCGCCCCCGCCGAGACGCCACUCAGGGCGGACAUCAUAGAGUCCUGGGGGCUUGCCACGGAAGACCCAGACGCGGCCACCAUCGCCGACUGGUUGGAUAACGGGGCACCCCUAGGGAUCUCCCAGGCGAUUCCCAGCCGAGGAGUGUUCCCGAAGGUCAGCUCCCACAACGUCACGCCCCACUCCCAGCUUGACGCCCGGACUCUGGAGGGAUGGUCGAACUAUCGGUCAGCAGAGGAAGAGGCGGAGACCUUAGAGGAGCUGGUUAGCGACUACGUGGCCCGCGGCUUCUGCCAGAUUGCCUAUUCCCAGCAGGAGGCGGAGGAGGUUUUGGGUGGAAAGCCGGUCCUCAACAAGCUGGGCAUUCUGGUGAAGGAGAAGCGAGACGCCCACGGCAAGGUGGUGAAGAAAGCAAGGGUCAUCUGGGACCUCCGGGAGUCCUCUGUCAACAAGGCCUGCCACCAAGGGGAGAGGAUCAUACUCCCGCGCCUCCUGGACGUCGUGGCCUCGGCGCUGUCUUCCUAUCGGCGGGGCCGGCCUCCUUACCUUGCGGGCGUCGACAUCAAGGACGCCUUCAUGAACAUACCUGCGGGGGCCGACCGGCGCUUCACCGUCGCGGCCGUCCCAGGUUCGAGGAACCGGCCUGGCAAAAGACACCGCCUCAUCAUCUUCAACACUUUGGUGUUUGGGUCGGCCUCCUCGCCCACCCUUUGGGGCAGGGCCGCCGCUUGGCUUGGGCGUUCGUCCGCCGCGGUCUCCCCAGCCGACCUGCAAUGCUAUGUGGACGACCCUAUCUAUGUUUUGGAGGGCCCGUCCGCUGAAGCGGCGGCCGGGGACCUGGCGGUGAUUCUCCUUUGGACAGCGGUCUGCGGCUACCCCAUCAAGCUGUCCAAGGCCACCGGGGGCAAGGAGCUCGAAUGGGUCGGCGCGAAGAUCAGGUGCUUGGACACUGAGGAGGCGGUCGUGGUUACCCUGCCGGAGGCUAAGAUCCAGGCCCUCCUCGCGGACACCAACAGGUUUCUUUCGAAGCCGGUGGUUGGAGCUCGGGAGCUCCGGUCCUACACGGGAGCUCUCUCGUUCGUGGCGGGGCUGGUCCCGCACUUGAGGCCAUUCCUGGCCUCGUUCUGGUCAGUUCUGUCGAGGCAUGCCGUGACAAGUGAAGGCCUCCACGUGAAGGAGGCCCGAAAGCUCAUACACGUCAGACGGAUCAGACCAGCGCUUCGCUGGGUUAGGGCCCUCUUGUCUGGUGGCCCCACCAUCGAGAAGAUCUUCUACGCCCGCCCUCCAAUGACGGACCUGGAGAUCGUCACAGACGCCUCACCCUGGGGCAUUGGAGGAGUGAGGCGGCAUUCGGGAAAGCCGACGGGCUACUUCUACAGCCACCUCCCGGACGGCGUCCUCAAGAAGUUUGGUGCAGAGCGUGGCCUCCCGAAGCACAACACACUGUGGGAGGGCCUUGCGCUGCUUGUGGCGUUUAGGCUCUGGUUGCCUGCGCUUGUGCACGGCGCUUUGUUCCGGGCGAAGUCAGACAACCUCGGCUUCCUGAAGGCCCUGGCCAAGGGGGGCGCGAAAGCUCCCGACCUCAACGUCCUCGCCCGCGAGUUCGCCUACGACCAGGCGGUCAGAGCCUACCAGGUGAAGGGGCUCGUGCACAUACCGGGCGUUACCAACCUUCAGGCGGUUCCUCGUGACGAGGUCCUCAUUGAUGAGCACUUCUGGAAAGUGUGA